GAUGAAACUGUGGAAGACCGUGCUCGUCUUGCCCCCCCGGUGUUGUGUACGAACCCGUGUUGGAUGCAUACGUUCCCAUCGCCGUCCAUGCGUUCUUGGUGCCGUUGUAAGUCGCGAUGUUGGGCGUCGUCGCGUUGGUUGCGCGGCCGACCGGUAGAACAGUUGGAGCGCGUUGUUCGGGGUCGUCACAAACUGCGGGUAGGAAAGCACGCUUUCAAGGGCAACGUUGCCGAGUAGGGUUGUGCUCAUCGCACCGAAUUUCUGGCCCACUUUUGCCAACGCAAGAGACGCAAGGGCUCUUUCGCAAUUGCCAACCUUUUGCGCUGAAUCUGCCGUUUUGUGAAGGCAUGUUGGCUCGCAUUUUGAGCAUUGGACAGCGUUGGGACCCAGGUUGGGACCUCGCAUCGUCAGAGGUCGCCGAUGGCUCGGCUGUAAAACGCCAGCCCCACGCCGUGCCCCAUCGUCGGAAGCCGUCCAAAGAUGUUAUGUUGCGCGUCGAUCGAAGUUCGAAACUCUCGAACAGCUCCCUUGCAAGAUCGCCUCGGACCCAUCAGCAUCGGCAUUCCCCUCGCAAAGUUGGAGCACCGCACUACAAGCAAUGCCUCGAGUCACUCGCGUCGGAGGAAUGCCUCGAAUCAGUUGCGUCACCUGUGCAAAAGUAUUCAGCAAGGAGUAUGAUUGUGUGGCGCACGAGUUCUUCUGUUCAGACAUGUCAAGCACUGAGGCGGCAAGCACUGAGGCGGCAAGCAUUGACCCGGCAAGUGUACGGCCCGGAGUACCACCCAACUACAGCUACACCUGCAACUGCAAAAAAGUCUUCCCGUCCGAGCUGACUCUCUGGCAGCAUCGGCAAGGUGGUACACACUGCAGCAAAUGCAGGGGCGCCGCAUACCUAGAAACGGAAUGCCGGGGGAAACUU